GGGAGAGGCCACGUGUCACCUCAAACAAUAACCUCCCUACAAUGCGUAAAAAGGAAAGCUCAACAGUCGUCAAAUCACAGCCAACAAACUUUCUCCGCCAAAAAAAAAAAAAAAAAAAAAAAAAAAAAAAUUGAACAUUCUGAUACUAUACAUUUUCCUUGAAUGUCUCGAUUUCAUUUGCCCAGGGAUUCUUUCUUGCUGGAGUUCAAAUUAAGGUUCCCUUUUCAAUCCUUUUGUUCUCCCGCCUUCCCAAUCCAGGAUGGCAUCUGUCAGCUUCAAGUACUGGAAUGACUGCGUGGAUCCUGAGGACUUGGAUGCUAUGUGGAUGGAGCCUGAUGUCAGAGCAGAGUGGAUUGAUGUUGGAGAGACCAUGGGAUCGAAGGUCCACCUGUCACGUGAUCCUGAUGGUCAGCCUUAUUUAACACAGACUGAGAUGAGGGCUGUGGCAGGAAUUAUUGUUCGAAGGCAUUUUGUCUCACAGAUAGAUUCGGACAUGCUUUGUGCCAUUGCUGAGCUUGAAAGUGAUAGACAACCACUUGCUACAAGCUAUAACAAGAAAUCGGAAGAUGUAAAGAUGGGAAUAAUGCAAAUCUCACCAAGAACUUCAGAGUGGCUGACCAGAGAGUUGGGUUACAGUGCUUAUCAAGUCGCUGAGGAUCCAAAAUUUCUGUAUAAGCCUUUUCUUAAUGUUUAUCUAGCAGCAGCCUAUCUUAAGUGGAUAUCAAACUAUGACCAAAAAGAAAGGAGUGAAGAGUUCAUGGUUAGGGCUUAUAAAGGUAGUAUAAAAAAGGCUACUCACAAGUCAACGUUGCCAUACUGGAGAAAAUAUCUUUCUGUCAAGGAAAGUCUUCCAUCCAGAAAAGCCUUUGGAGUCGGAUCUGCACCUAAUGUUCCUUCAUCAUCUGCUACUGCAGUUUCACAAAGCAAAGAAGCAAGUCCUGUCAAUGCAACUUGGGACUCAAGAACUUCUGGUGAAGACAUGGAAGAUAUGUGGAAUCAUCCUGAUGUAAACAAGGAAUGGACAAAAUCUGGUGAGAGAAGGGGGAAUGUGCGAUUAUCUCAUGAUGCAGAAAAGCAUCCUUAUCUUUCACGGGUAGAACUAAGGGCCGUGGCAGAAAUCAUUUUGGCUAAGCACUCAAACAUAAAAGGAGUCAAACCUACUGUUUUAUGUGCUGUCUCUGAAAUGGUUAGCAUGCGAUUUGUGAAUGGGGUUGGGCAGCGCACAGGACUAAUGGGAAUCGACUAUCCAACAGCUCGCUGGCUGUACAAGGAUGGUGGAUACAAAGGUUACAUGGUGCAGUCUACUGAAGAUCUUACCAAGCCUUUUGUUUCCAUGUACUUUGGUGCAGCCUACAUGGCUUGGCUAUCACAAUAUGAAGGAAGGGAGAGAAGUCUCCAGUUUGUUGUUCAGGCCUAUCUCUCUGGCCCACAAAAUGUGAACCUUCAAGAAACGGGCCCUCUCUGGAUGAAGUUUGAGGAAGCUUUAAGCCGCUACGAAGAAACUAGAAGGGAAAAUGGCAGCUGCGUUAUUAUGUGAGCUUUUUGAGUCUCGUUUGUCAAGCUGUGACAUGUACAAAGUCAUUUCUAAGUUCUCUCAUAUUGCAUAGGAUUUCACAUCUCUAAAUGAUUGGGAUUUUUUUUUCUUUCCCUACAAUAUUAUUUUAAAUGUUUAGCUCUUAAUUGAACCAGUUUUUUUUUUUUUUUUUUUUUUUUUAUAAAUCGUCUGUGGGAUUUGAAAUCUCUUCAAUAUGGGUCAUGUUGUACGAUUCACCGAAUUCAAUCAAAGAUCUGAUCAAACAAUUCAAGAUCGAACAACGAGCAAUAGAACAAACACUAACCAUGCACCGAAUCUUCUUUCAACAUAUUCAAUCGUCUUCUUUUCUAUCUUUUCU